UCCAUGGUUUUACCGUCGCAGUCUCGGCUAGUGUUGUUGGGCUGGUUGAGGCGUAAGGUUUCAGCAUGAACCAGGCAUGUCAGGAUUCAUCAAAUACCACGUACAUAGAUGCACACUGCCAUUUGGCUUCUCAAGAAUUUACUGAGGAUAUUGGAGAUGUGAUUGAUAGAGCAAAACAGGCUGGUGUGAGAGCUGCCCUUGUCGUUGCUGAGCAUCAGGGUGAAUUCAGUCGAAUCCUUCAACUCAGCCAGCAGUAUGCAGGUUUCAUCAUGCCCUGCUUAGGUGUCCACCCAGUUCAGGGUGAUCCUACCAAGGAGCAGAGAGGGGUGCGUCAUUCUGACCUUGAGGGCGCUCUUGAGUUCAUUGAAGCUCACAGUGAUGAGUUGGUUGCAAUUGGCGAGGUAGGACUGGAUUUCACACCUCGAUUUGUAAAGACUGAUAAGGAGAAGCAAGAACAGCGCGAGGUUCUUAUCAGACAGGUUGAGCUGGCCAAGAGGUUGCACCUUCCACUAAAUGUUCACUCAAGAUCAGCUGGAAGACCAACAAUAAGGCUGCUGAAAGAACAAGGGGCAGAAAAUGUCUUACUCCAUGCCUUUGAUGGAAAGCCCUCCAAUGCCAUGUUAGGUGUGGAAAAUGGGUACUACUUCUCCAUACCGCCCUCUAUAGUUAGAAGUGAACAGAAGCAGAAACUUGUAAACCAACUGCCUCUGGAUAGGAUCCUUCUGGAGACCGACUCCCCAGCACUUGCCGCCGAAAAACAGACUCGAAAUGAGCCCAAGAAUAUCUCCGUUAGUUGUGACUACAUUGCCAAAGUGAAGGGUGUGUCAGCAGAGGAGGUGAGGCGGAUUACGGCUGAGAAUGCCCUGAGAUUGUUCCCUAAACUGCACAGGUUGAUACACAGGUGAUUGAGCAGAGACACCUUUGCAGACGAGUACAUAAAAUCAUGAGCACAUAAGUCAUUCAAUGUACUUCCACGUAAUUUAUUCCACCAAUGCAAAAAAUGAUUUAAUAAUGUUUAUUACUGUACAUGUAGUUUGUCACACUGAGGAGCAGAAUAUCUUUAGACCAGAGCCAAUCAAAGUGCUUAGUUGGAAGCUUAAUUUGAAAAAGGGAAUUCAGCUGUAUGGAUGAAUUGGGGCCAUUUUCAUUAAACUACUGUGAAAGUAAGUUCCAGUACUUGGCAGAACGGGAUACAAAGGCACUGAUAAAUACAUUUAUAAUAUACUGGUAUGCUUCCAACUUUCUGAUUGGAUUAAUUAUACGGGUAGAAUACCCCUUCAUAUUUCUAAUAUGAAAUUUAAACAUCAUUCACAGUUUGAGUACGUGUAGAAUUGUCACAAAGAAGACUAACGUGACCUUGUGCAUUGACAUUCAUGUAAAAAUAGAUGGGAAAAAAGGGCAACAAGUAAAACAUCCCUUGCCUUUCUUAAAUUUUCCAUGGUCUGUGAAAAAUUAGACAAACGGAGUUCAUCUUUAUCUAUCCCCCUCAUACUCGGAGACUACAUAUCUCCACCCUUGAACUGUAACUGAACUUGUACAUGGAUAGGAACUUUGUACUUCAUGGGGCAAUGCGAUUUCUUUAUAGCAGGUGCUUGUAUCAGAAAGUCGGCUUGUCUUUGGGAACAUUUCAGUGGGCAUCAAGGCAAAGACAAAGGACAUCAAGGUCAAUGCCGCUGUUGCCUCCAUGACGUUCCUGCCCUAGUAUAAUACUUUGGAUCCAAAUGUCCAUUUUUGUUGUUUAUACUGAAAAUAUGCAUAUAUUCCAGAAGAAAAACUUUGUUUUGAAGUUCAAUGAAGUAAGAGCACUGGAUCUUAACCAUGUAAUGAUUCAUUUGUUUCUGAAAAUACCGUUAGAUAUUUUUAAAUGUGUAAGUAAUUUGCAUAAAAGCCAUACAUGUAUUUCCAUACUGCAAAUUAUUCACACUGACAUGUGCGUAUAUAUAGCAAUAAGAUGUUGGAUUAUGUAAAAUGCAAACAUUGCGUGUAUGGAUAAAAGAACGAGCAUUUUGGUAGACAAAAAUAAAGACAUGCACAGUGUAACUGCUGCACGUUACUUUUAAAAUUAAAAAGAAAGCUCCCUUCAACAUGUGCAAGCCUUAGCAUAUAUAUUUGCAAAACUUUAAGUAUUUAGAUCUCAGAUUUUGAACUGCGAAUAAAAAGUCUGACUAGCAGAAAAUUGAUAUGCAUUUCUCUACAUGAAUAUCCCAAAAUAUGAACAUGUAUUUGCACUGUUUUUCAAGCAAAGUACAUGUACAUAUAUGCACAUGUACAUGUAUUUAACCAUACUAGUGGAACUUUGCUAAAAAGUGGUAUUUAACAAAACAUUCAUAAAUUGCCGCAUGGUGGUUAAGCUUUUGCUCCAUGUAUGUAGAAUAGGCCUGCUGAUUGGCUUCCUGAUAGACAUUUGAAUAAAUACUAUGCUCUUGUCACAA